CAGAAGGCGGGACUUGUACGAAUAUGGGUGGGGGAAAUGAUAACGCCUUGUGUUUCGGACUGUCUCGUUAUUUGGCUGUAAGUUGAAUUGUUGUGGGACAAAUAAAAAGAUUUUGUGGCGUGGAAAACACGAGUUUAAAGGGAAGGAAAGCACGCGAGGUAAAUGAUUUCGUGUCAGGUAUGUUCGCAGUGUGGAAAUGAUGAUUUAAAGGUUGGUUGCUUGUGUUAUGUUGGAGAUGCUGAUGAGGCCAUGGCCUAAGUGAGGAACCAUGCACAUUAAACUGGACCUAUUUACUUUAUUAUCAUUGAUGUGCUGGUAACGUUUGGCUUUUCACUAACAUCACUAUUCUAAAUGAUGUAACACUCAUGAUCCACCCCUGAUCAAGCCAUGAACCCGUGAUCUUUGAAGUUUUCCACAGUAUUUAGUCAUUAAACAUCAUUAAACCCCCUCCCACCCCAACCCACCCCACCGUCCGUCCGUCCGUCAGAAUGUCACUGGGCGAGCAGUCGCAGAAAUGGUUCCCCACACACGUCCAAGUGACCGUCCUUCAAGCCGCAGGGCUCCAGGCGAAGGGCAAGAACGGCACCAACGAUGCCUACACGAUCAUCCAGCUCGGGAAGGAGAAAUACUCCACGUCGGUGGCAGAGAAGACGCUGAGUCCCAUGUGGAAAGAGGAGGCUUCGUUUGAGCUGCCAGGGCUGCUGGUGGAGGGCAACCCCGAGGUUUAUGAGCUGUGUCUCAUAGUGAUGCACAGGUCUCUGGUCGGGAUGGACAAAUUUCUGGGCCAGAAAACCGUCAGCCUGAACGAGGUGUUCGACAACAAGGAAAGAAAGAAGAUCAACUGGUACACCCUGGAUUCCCGUCCGGGCAAAAAGAAAAAAGAGCGAGGGAAGAUCCAGGUGAGCAUCCAGUUCAUGAGGAACAACAUGACGGCCAGCAUGUUCGACCUGUCCAUGCGCGACAAGCCGCGCUCACCGUUCUCCAAGCUCAAGGACAAGGUGAAGGGUCGUAAGCACGACUCGGACACCUCUUCAGCCAUCUUGCCUCGUUCGGCGCAGUGCGAUGCUGAAUCCCAGCUCCCUCAACACGUCUCCGACCAGAAACCUCCGCACAAGACUAGUACGCUGGAGCCCAAACCCAAACGCUCGCUCCUCCCCGGGACUCAGAAACUCUCAGCUGCGCACUCCAUGUCCGAUCUAGUAGGAACAAACUUCAGGCCCAAGACGGACUCUGUGAACUCCAUGGAGGAGAGCGGUGGCAUUCCUCCUCACCGCCGCUCUCAGAGCGAGAUGCCUGGUUACCAGGAUGGCGAGACGGCGGGAGACCCGUUCCCGGAAAUGCCGCAGAAAUUCGCCACGCUCCCGCGCAACCGCAACCCCUUCGAGUCGGACCAGGGGCAGCUGUGGGACAAGAAGGAGAAGAAGGAGAAGGUCAGUUUGCUGGAGCGCGUGACGGGAAAGAAGGAAGGGAAGAAGACGAGCAACGGAGGGCGAGCGGGAAGUUCAGGGGACCUUCGCUCCCCAAAUCCUUUCACCACUGAAAGUGAUACUAACCCCUUCCUUCCACAUCACAUGCCCAGCGAUCAGGGAAGAAAAAACAUCAGCAGCGAAGACUUGAGUAAGAAAACCGUUUCCCCGGAGAAAAAACGAGGAAAUAAGACCGAGGCCGAUCAGCUCCAAAGCAGCAUGGCGGCGUACAGCACCCUGUCGUUCGAGGAGGUCGUGCAGGAGCUGAUCAAGCAGAAGGAGGUGGUGAAGAAGAAGGACGCGCACAUCCGCGAGCUGGAGGACUACAUCGACAACCUGCUAGUCCGAGUCAUGGAGGAGACGCCGAGCAUCCUGAGGACGCCGUACGAGCCGAAGAGGAAAGCGGGCAAGAUCUCCAAGAAGUAGACGUAGAACUUGGCGUCGUAUCAUUUAAAAACGGUACAAGCGGUGUUACAAGGAAAGUUACGACUGGCGAUUCUGAUUAACGGUGAUCGUGUAAUCACACAUUAAUCUUAGUUUACAUGUUAAUCAGAAUUCGGUGACUCGAGAUUGUAUCUUUUUAAAAAUCGGUGACCGAUUGAAGGUCUUCUGUGCCAAUGCCAAACACUGGCUAAGAGCUUUUUAUUACGUCGUCUCUUGUUUAUACACAGAUAUUUGUAAAUACGUUUCAUUUGUGUGGUGGUGUAGGAGAACUCAUUGGAUGCCACUGUUGCCAAAAAGGGUCAAAAUCCCUCUUUUAAAAAAUACUUUAACACGGAAAUGUUUUUAUUUACUUUUUAAGCUUGCCUAGGAUUUCUGCAAAGAUCAUGUUUAACAGACACCACGGUACAAAAAGUCUGCGUAAAGACAUCGCUGGCUAAAUCCGUGCUAGCUGAGGGUGAUGUCCUCAUACGGUGAUGGGUGUGCUUUGAGCAAGUUGUUGGAUAGCUACCUGUCGUAGCGAAACGGACAGAAUCCUAAUCAAUUCAGUUGACUAGCGGCUGUCAAGAUGUCCCUGUGCUACAGUCUGAAUCGAAAUCUUUACAAAUAAUUUCUCCUUUUUCAUAUAAAAUAUCUAUUGACCAGGCUGCCACACAAAUAUUUACCUUUUUUGUUGUUGUUGUUGUUGUUCUUUUAUUUAUAGCUAGCUUUAGCUAAAAGAAGUGUGUUUAAGAAGACCGACAUUGCGAUCACACACACCGAAACUGACUGUGACAGGCUGAUUUUACACGGCACGAACAGGCGUUUAAUCUACUUUUUCGUUCAUAAUGCAGUUCACUUCAUAAAGCCUUUAUGAAUCAUCUUCAUACUCGACGUCACAGUGUGCGAGGGAGCAUAAUGUCGUGUUCGGAGGUGAUGAGUUGUUAAAGGGUUGCGAGUACGAGCGGUGUCCGUUGUGUUUACUAAAAAGAGCGUGUCGUUUACCGUGACACCCAGCCCACAGUGUUACUUCACUGUUUAUUAUGGAACGGUUGUGAAACCCGUCUACCGUCGCUCCGUCCCGUUCCUCGGUACGAGUGUUACAUCACCGCUGACGACGCUUCGGUUACAGAUGCAGAGGUGCCAACAUUUACGAGUUAGCAGUAGAAUUUACGAUUUUUGAUCCUUGCUAUGAAAGUACGAGAGACACCUGAAAACUAUUUCAGAUGAACGAGAUUCACCAGGCGGGAAAAUCCGAUUCACCGAAGGGGAAAGGACGCAGGACGUGGAAAUCGGAGGUCACUUUUAUCCCGCUGCAAAGUUAUCUAGUGAAGUUUGAUCUGUGAAUCUUGUGAGCCAAUAGAAAACAAGUGGGCGGGACUGUAGUCUCUGGUGGGAUAAACAAUAGGGAAGCGACUUAUUAUUAAGUAGGCGAAUUUUUGCUUCACCUCUGAAAAACACACAAACAGUUAGCAGAAUUUUGCAGUCUUGUCCACCAGCAUACCCAUUCUAGGAUUUUCUUGUUAGUAACGUUGGCACAUCUGCAGAAAUGUUAUCACUACUGUCAGUUAUUUAUAUUACUGAUGAUUUUUCAAGCAGGUACUAAAUCGUAAUUUUUAUUAUAUUUUUUUUUGCUCAGUACUUGUUAUGAAACAAUACACUGGACUGAUGCAUAGUUACACUACUGAGUAUUUAGCCUAACGUUGAAUGAAAUAAGGCUCAUGCUACUAGGACUCGUCAAAAAAUUUUGUACAUUUUAUCUGUACAAGUUAAAAUUUAAAAUAUACAAAAUGUCGUCAUUUAAAAAUUUCUCUCUUUUUUUUGUUUUCAUUUAUUGAGUGCCGAUUGGCAGAAACUGAAACUGCUUGUUUACUUUUUGAGAGUUCGGAUCUUUCAAUUUUUUUUAAUUGAAAUUGAAAUUUGAAAUGUGGUCUGCCAUGGAAAUUUGCCAAAAAAUUUUUUGUUACGUUUGAUCAGUUUUAUAAAAUAGAAUUUUAAGUCAAAUUCACUUCUUACAUACAAAAAUUCACGUCGGAGCUGGAAUUUUCGUCACCGAUAUUUGGAUUUUAAUUUGGUGACUAAAAAUACUACGCUCUAUUUUGACGUAAUGAAUUAAACGAUGUUGGAUUGUUUAAAAAAAAUAAAUAAAUUAUGCUGGCAUAUCUGGGAUGACGUGCACAUUUUCCGUAGAUCUCUGAAAAGAUUCAUGCACGUUUCUCAGUUCCACUUCGGCCUGUUGGGUCCGACUCGGACUGACGUGCCCGAUUUAUGAGCGUGGACGUGAAGAAAGAACACACGACCAUCUUUUAACGCGGACGUUCACCCCAUCAGACGGCGUGUAUAACCCGAAGUCAUUCCUUGUGUAGGUGAUUUUAUUAGACUAACGACGUCAAUCUUUAAAGUAUUCAAAAAGUAUUCAAAGUUAUUUUUCAAAAUUUUCAUUCGUGCCAAUUUUAGAUUAUUAUUAUUAAUUAUACUAUAUGCAAUUUUAAUUAGGUACCCAAAUACAACUAUCAAUGAUUUUUAUAAUUUGCCACUAAAACAUGCGGAUGAUUGUUGGAGGCAAAUGCGUUUCAUUGGCUUAUUUGUCAGGUUUUUAUUACAGUAUGUAAAUGGUUAAGUGCAAUAUUGGCUUUAAUGUUGGGUGGGGGGGGGGGGGUGAAAUAUGUGUGUUAUGGUUCUAAAAGUUGGAUAGUGUUGUAUCAAGCCAUCACGUGACAAGAUCAUGUUCUAACCUUCAACCUAGCACCAAGCAGAAUGCUGCUGUGGUUUAACCCGUUCAUUUCUGAAGUCAUAAUGCUAUCUUGUCACCGUGACGAUAGCGGAUCCAAGACAGAGUUGUAAUACGGUUAAACAUCCAACACUUAGUAACUUUUGCUCUUGUCGUUUACAUAAAACCAAUUUUUUUUUUUAAGCACGUGGUGGUGGUAGCACACCCCUUAAAUUAUUAUCGCUUGCUCCGCGAUAACAUUAUAAUUUCCUUAAACGCAUCGUAUUCACAGGCGUGGAUGCUAUUUCUUCCGCAGCUGUACAUUUUGCGUAACAUCAAUCGCAAAACAAACGGUAAGUUAUAAAGUCUCGCGUAAAUAGAACGGAGUAAACAAUUGAUAUUUAUUCUAAAAUUAACACAGCACAUCCUGAAUGGACGAAGGAGUAUUAAGCAUAAAAAGAAGUGCGGGUUAAAUUAUAGAACUUGAACCUCCGGUGGCUUUUCACUUUCCUGAUUUAAUAUGUUCAGUGAUGAGCUGGGAAUCUGUUGAUUUAAUCCCAUCGUAUCGUGGACCCUUGAAUCAAAACUAGAAAAUGGACAAAAAAAUAAAAUCUGAACAUGAUAGGUGAGGUAGCGCUUAGACAGCACAGGGUAGUGUGUAGGAGAGUGUAUUGAGGGAACUAUAAGUGUUGCAUUUACUUAGAAGGCUUAGAAAAAAUGUACGAUUGGUCUAUGUAUGUUUUGCACACGUCAUUCGUGCCACCUGCAGUGUUACGAUGUUGUAUUUUCCUCUUCUCUUUUUAUUUUUUUUUUUUUUAAUUUUUUUAUUUGAAUCGAUGUCUAGUUGACGAAAUUGUGAAUAUUUGCAAAACACCAAGCAAACCAAAACUUUUCAAUAAGGAAAAAUGCCAUUUUCCUCUGCCGUGUACACAAUUUGAGUUUUAUUUUAGUUCUCAGAAAUUGAAUUUACACUGUAAACCGAUGUUUUCGGCUCCGGUCUUGUUUUUGACGCCAAGAAUCGUCUUCCACGUCUGGAAAACAGCUGCACGGCUGUUAAUCCCGAUCAGUUGUGUGUAGAUUUAUACAGCACUUCCAUGUACAGUAAAUUGAAUUUUUUUUUUUUUCUUUUCUUUUUUCUUUUCCCUCCUCCCUUUCAUUCUUAUUUACUAUGCAUCUUGGUACGGAGCUGCUGUUUAAUACUCUGAAUGUAUUUUGAUCAAUCAGCAAAGCCUGUAAUCACAAAUGUGUCAACGUUUUUACUUCAAGAUUGUUUUCUUUUUUGAAUAUUGCCGAUUGUAAACUGGAUUGUCCGAUCAAUUCACGGCGUGUUGAAGAGAAAUGG